CGGCCCCGGCUCCAGCCCCGGCCCCGGCCUCAGCCCCGGCAUCAGCCCCGGCCUCGGGCCCGGCCCCGGCUCCAGCCCCGGGCCCCGCUCCGGCCCCGCCGCCGCCCGGCGCUUCCCCGCCCGGCCCGGCCCGGCCCGGGGGCAGCCGCAGGCCGCGGCCGGCGGGGAGGGAGGGAGGGAGGGAGGGGCGCCCGUCACCCCCACACCGGGAUCCCCUCGGCCCCGGGGCUGCCCCGCCACGGUGCCCUCUCCCUCCCCGGGGCUCCGGCACAGGGGACAGCCCCCGCUGCCCCCGGCUGUGCUCCGUGUCCCCGCACUGUCCCUCCCGCUGCUCGGGACCUGCCCCGCCCUGGCCCCGGGGAAGGCUGGUGGCGGUCGGAGCUUUCCCGGGGGCUUCGGGUCUCCCUGGUCCCUGCUGGGGUGGGCUCCGAUUCCCAGGGGAGCCUGUGCAGGACGGGACAGGCCGGGCUGGGUCUGCUGCCCGCUGUUCCUGCUGCCAGCUUCUCCUCUCCCCAAACAGCCCUCGUCUGGAGGACAUGGUGGGGGCCCAAGGGAAAUCCCACCCUCUGAACAAUGAAGAUCUUAGACCCUGGCUAACCCUGAGUCCUGCAAACCCUCUGUGGAUCCUUCCUGGCUGCUCUGGAGCAGAUGCUGAGGCUCUCCAGAGGGAUCUUCCCCAGCCACUCACGGUGCCUGUGUGAGAGCAGAGGAAGCCCCCAGCCAUCGUGUGCCCGAGCAGAGCCAUGCUGGGCCGGAGGAGCCGCCUGCCGCGGGAGCUGCCCUGCCGGGAGGCCGAGCCCCUGCGGGCGCCCGCGGGCACGGACGUCAGCCUGGAGGUGCUCAGUGGCCCCACGCCCGAGGCCAAGGCCGGCCGCAGCAGAGCCCAGCAGAUGCGGGACAGGAAAGGGCGCAAGGCCGAGCUCAAAGACCCCAAUGGCCGAGAGGCAGAGACCAUCACCUUCAUCUCUGGGACGGCAGAGGCGCCCCCGAACCAGAGCGUUUGCUGCUCCUCGCUGUCUCAGGCCUGGAACACGUACAAGGCCGUUUUCUGCUGCAUAGUGACGUGUGGGGGCUGCUUCCAGGACUGCAGUGUCUGCAUUCCCUAUCCAGGGCCUGCUGAGACCUCCACAGAUGAUGGGAAGAACGGAGACUACAACGGGCGGCUGCCAAACAGCCCCACCAACACCUCUCCUGCUGAGAAGAACGGGAACCAGAUCAAGAAGUCCAGCAUGGGCAGCAGUUUCAGUUACCCAGAUGUGAAGCUGAAGGGCAUCCCUGUCUAUCCAAACAGGAACCCCAACCACCACCUGGAGUCUGACCCCUGCUGCAAGGAGCUGCUGGAGAAGCCCUUCAGGAACAGCAUAGAGAAGCCGCCGCUCCCCAGCAGCCACCGGAGCUCGGAGGAGUACUACUCCUUCCACGAGUCUGACGUGGACAUCAGCGAGCUGAACGGCUCCAUGUCCAGCCGGCAGAUCGACGUGCUCAUCUUCAAGAAGCUGACGGAGCUGUUCAGCAUGCACCAGAUCGACGAGCUGGCCAAGUGCACCUCCGACACCGUCUUCCUGGAGAAGACCAACAAGAUCUCGGACCUCAUCAACAGCAUCACUCAGGACUACAACCUGGACGAGCAGGACGCCGAGUGCCGGCUGGUGCGGGGCAUCAUCCGCAUCAGCACCCGCAAGAGCCGCGUCAGGCCGCACAUCCCCGGCAGCCACGGCCACGAGGAGAGGAGCGGCCGGGCCACCGCGCCCGACAGCGGCAACGAGACCAUGCUGGAGUCCAUGGUCACCAGCCAGGACGAGCUGGCCGUGCAGAUAUCGGAGGAGACGCCGGCGGAUGUGAUGGCCAGGAACAUGAGGCGGCACAGCAGCGCAGGCUCUCCGACCAGCAGAGAUUCCUCUUUCCAGGACACAGAGACUGACUCAUCUGGGGCCCCUCUGCUCCAGGUGUACUGCUAAAGGACCCGAGCAGCAGGGAGCCAUUCCAGGGUUUGCUGCAGCCACAAUCCUCCUCUUCCCAUGUGGAGUAUGCUGUGCCACGUUUGAUUUUUUUUCCAGUCUACCCUGAUCCUUAUUGAAGCCAGGUUCCUCCUGCUGUCUGAAUUUUGCUGGAUAUUUUGGUUUGUUGGGACAAUCAAGGAAGCAAACUGUGGAGCUAAUGAGCUUGGGAGGUGGAAUGUGUGCCCAGGGAGGAGAAGAUGGACAAGGAAGUAGCAGAUAACUUGUGCCUCUGUGAUUUCUGUACAUCACGUUUAGCUCCAGCAGCCUCGGUGGCUCAGCCCUUUCCCUGCUUUGAGGAUCUGUUGUACAGUUCCUGCUUCCUGGCAUUGCCUAAGUCAGCUUGGGUAGGGAAUAACUGUGUGGUCUGUGCUGGUGCUGAUGUUGAGGUGCAGGCUGAGAUCCUGCUCUGUAGGGACCCAAAUCUCUAUUUAAAGUGCCUGUGUUGGUCCCACAAACCCAAAGCCUUCUACCCAUGGUGUUUUCAGUAGCCAGAUCUGCCUUUCUGUGCUGACCCUUGGUGUCACCUCCUGCUGCCUUGGGAGAUUUAUGGGGUUCAUUUAAUUUUUGGCCUCUUGGCUCCACUCCAGUGCCAGUGCUGGGGCUGGGGUGGCUGCUGGGCUGCCCCUGCAUGAGCAGAGCCUGGGAUCAGCUCUGCCAGCCUGCUGUGAGUCCUGGGGUGAGUCCUGGGGUGAGGCACUCCAGGAGCACACGCUGUGACUGCCAGGGCCCCCCUCACUCCUCUGCCAAGCCCUCCGUGUUUGCCCGGGACAGCCUGGAGCAGGGCUGUGGCAGUGAGGGCAACGCUUGAUUCACUCCUUUCUGUGCUUCAGAACUGGGCUGUUUGGCAGUUCCCCUAGAAAAUCCCUUCAAGGUGGUUUGCUUUGAAAGGAAAAGCUCCUGAGAGUGUCUGCAGAGGGUCUGAGAGGCACUGCUGGUCCCUUCCUUUCCCUUGUCCUUCCCUUUGCUCCUCUCUGGCAGGCGGUGAGCCAGGAGAUGGGCACUGCUGUCCCAAGGGCACAGUGCCAGGUGACCUUGAGGGCUGCAGCAGGAGGAAGCUGCAUCUGUGGCGUUGCCACUUGGUUGUUUAUCACAAAGUAAACACGUCAAGCCAUGGGACUUGUUCGGAGAUUUGGGUGCCCUUGGACAUGAACAGAAAACGCUUCAGUGAAUUUACCAGCCACAGGAUAAACACAACCACUGGAUUCUGGGGAGAGGAAAGCCCAGACAGGCCCUGGGCUUCGGUGUGGACCAUGGUUUUGUGCCUCAGUUGAAAUGAAAUGUGCCUUAGUUGAAAUGAAAUGUGCCUUAGUUGAAAUGAAAUGUGCCUCUGCUUUAUAGCCUGUGAUUGCUCUUCAGAGGUUUGGGCAGGGAGCAAGGAUUUGAUUCCUCUCAUGAGCUCUCAGGCUUCUUUAAAAAGCCAAACCCCUUUGAAAUGGACAGUUCCAGUCCCUGUUUUGUAAACUACUGGCUUUUUUCAGAGUGUGCUUCCAGAAAUCAGGGGCAUUACUGAGACCACACCUGGAGACACUGACAGAGAGAGAUUUCACAGAUAAAGGGAAGAGACUGAGCCUUGGAUUUGGCUUCCCCUCCGUGCUUUGUGUUUAAAGCUGUAGUUUUAUGAGAAAUUGAGUUUAUAGAAGAAGAAGACUUGAAGCAAGGCCAGGCUGGGACUCCCAGGGGAGCUGUGUGAGGUCACCGGCCCUCCUGAGGGACCUGCCUGGCUUCUGCUUCUGCUGGGUUUGUACAUUGUUACCUGGACAAGCUUCCUCAAAGCUGUGCACUGAGGAGUCACAGGGGUCACACUGACACGGCUCUGAGGGCUGUGCUUUGGAGACGAGGGGGGAGCUUGUAACGAGCUGCAGUCGUUGGUACUGAGCAAAUACACAUUUUUAGUGUCUAGUCUGGAUAUGGAGUGUGUGUGGAUUAAACUAGCAAAAAACCCCCAAGCCCCCCAAACACUCCCUAGGAGGAAGACUGUCAACUCGAUGGUCCCUGAAGCUGGUUCACCUGUGGUGUCUUAUGGGAUUCUUUUGCACUCAUUGGCCUUAAAUGUUCUGGUUUGGUCUUUUUUUUAUAAAGUAAAAGUUGUGCUCUUUA